ACGCCUUGGGAUCGAAUAUCCAUAUCCCGCCUUAAUUUUCUGUGUCGCCCGCUCGUGAAUCAGCCUGCGUCUUUCUGACAGCUGCAAGACACGCUUAGCAUCCUUACACGACAUCCUCCCAGCCGGUUUCCGAAGCACACAACCAACCACUGUCGCAAUGGUUCGAAGCGCCUUCGCCACCCUCUUCGCUGCCUCAGCUCUCGUCGGCUCUGCCCUCUCUGCCACCACAGGUCCCAAGGGCACCCGCGCGCAACACUGCCCUAAAGAUGCUCCCUGCACGUCGCUCUAUGGCGACUGCGGUGUCGGCGCGUUCUGCCUCGGUGGCUGCGAUCCCACCAUGUCCUACUCGAUGAAGUCCUGCGUCCCCAACCCCGUCUGCAAGUCCGGCAAAUACGAUCUCACCUCCCUCAACGAUAUCCAGUCCAUCGAUAAAUAUCUUGGUGAUAACUCAAAGGUCAACUGGCAAUCCCAGGGCAAACCCAUUGUCUACGGAGAGAGCGACUCGAUCCUCCUCACCAUGGCCGAGGGAACUUCGGGAACUCUGCUCGCUUCUACCUUCUAUGUAUGGUACGGCAAGAUCUGCGCCACCAUGUCCACUUCUCAGGGUAGGGGUGUCGUCACUGCCUUUAUCAUGAUGUCCGAUGUGAAGGACGAAAUCGAUUUCGAGUGGGUCGGUGUUGAUCUUGAGACCGCGCAGUCCAACUUCUACUCCCAGGGUGUGACAACAUAUACGAACGCUAAGAACCUCACGGUCGGAAACACCGUCGAGAAACUCCACGAGUACUGCAUUGACUGGCAGCCCGACACCCUGAAAUGGAGCGUCGAUGGCGAGGAAAUGCGCACCCUAAACCGAAAGGACACCUGGAACGGCACUGCCAACCGCUUCGACUACCCCCAGACCCCCUCCCGCGUUAUGCUUUCCCUGUGGCCCGCCGGCCUUGCUACCAACGAGAAGGGAACCAGGGACUGGGCUGGUGGUGAGAUCGACUGGAACUCUCCGUACAUGCAGAACGGUUACUACCUCGCCCGUGUUAAGCAGGUCACCGUUGACUGCUACGACCCACCGUCCAACGCCAAGAAGAGCGGCAACAAGUCCUACAAGUACACCGACGACAAGAACCCCACCAACAACACGAUCGAGAUCUCCAACGACUUCACCAUCCUCGGCUCUCUUCUCGCAACUGGCGAAGACCCUGAUGAGGGCAAAGUCACCUCUAGCAACGCUCCUAAGCCCACCAAGUCCGCUGCCUCUGUUCCAGGUGGAAACCCUGGUGGCGGCAACCGCGCUGAAGACAAUGUUUCGUCCUCCGCUGCUGCCCAGAGCACUGGUGCUGCUAGCACUGGUUCUCCCGAGACCCCUAACCCCGGAACCAGUGGCGGCGAGUGGCAACAGGACAAGAACGGCGGCAAUAGCCCUAAUGCUGGUGCCUCCCUGCAGCCUGGCCUCAGCAACGUCGGUGGCAGUGCUUUUGCCAUCGUUGUUGCCCUCCUCGGCCUCAUUGCGCUAUGAAACAGUUGAAAACCAGAAAAUCUGAAAGGAAAAAGGACAUGUCCAAAAAUUAUCCCACGAAUUGAUAGCGAGUGGGCCUGCUUUUGGAUUUUUC